AUGAACUGCUUGGCAUUUAUCGACCUGCAAAGUUACCUGCACCUGUACGGGAUUUCUAAGCCUAAAACUCUCUUGUUCGGGGUCUUCUUCAAGGUCACCCAAGUUCCAAACACACACGUCACCGUCAGGGUAUCUGGUGACAAGAGUGGAGCCCUUCAAGGCGUGAAGCUCUCUGACUCCAUCGACAGCCGCUAG